UAGUAUGCUGGCGCUCUCUCAAAUAGUCGGAGGCUGUCUUGAUGUCAAGAUGUUGCGUACUGAAGCAUCCGAAGACCGGUGAAUGCCUAGAGAUUAACGAGUUCUGGCUGCGAGAUCACUGUCGUUGUGGGGAGUGUCUUAAUUUGGAGACAAAUCAGCGUCGCUAUGAUCUAUUGGAUCUGCCUGCCGAUGUGCGGGCUGUGGAAACCGAAUAUAAAUCGGAUAAGUUCUCGGUUCAGUGGAGCGACGGCCAUCAGUCCAGCUAUGACUUGGACUUCAUCUUUGAUUCGCAGCUUGAGCGGGUGAUAAGCCGUCGAUCAAAGUCCACUUCUCUGACGCCCUGGAAUCGCAGCAUAGUCUUGCAAAAUGAGCGCCAUCUGCGCUUCUCCCUGCCCCAGCUGGUGGCCAGUGACGAGGUGUCCAAGUCUCUGGUGGCCUCCUUGGUUCGCUAUGGCAUUGUGUUCAUCGAUGACGUGGCCCCCACGCCAACAAUGACGGAGCUGGCCCUGCGUUGCGUAUUUCCGCUGAUGAAGACCUUCUUUGGCGAGAUGUGGACCUUCAGCGAUAAGCAAGAUCACGCUGACACGGCUUAUACUAAGCUCUAUCUGGGCUCCCACACGGACAACACGUACUUCUGCGAUGCCGCUGGCCUGCAGGCCCUCCACUGCAUUGAACAUUCCGGCGGCACUGGUGGCGAGAACUUCUUUGUGGAUGGCCUGCAUGUCGCCCACGAGCUCCGUCGUCGCUUUCCCAACGCCUACGAAGUGCUGUGUCGGGUGCAGGUGCCCGGCGAGUACAUAGAAGAGGGAGAACACCAUUGUUUUACGGCUCCCAUUAUCCGUGUGGAUCCGCUUAAUGGGGAUUUCCUUCAGCUGCGUCUCAAUGUCUACGAUCGUGCCGUAUUCGAUACACUGCCUCAGUCAGAGAUGUCCGAUUUCUACGACAGUCUGCGCCAGCUCUUGCAGAUUGUACGCGAGGAGCAACAGCAGUGGAGUCUUAAGCUGCUGCCGGGCAGCAUCGUACUCUUCGACAACUGGCGGGUGUUGCACGGUCGCCAGGCCUACACAGGACGCCGCACCAUGUCCGGGGCUUAUGUGCAACGCACGGACUUUCUCAGCAAGGCCCGUGUACUCGGUAUCAUCGAAUAGGAAGAGCUAUCCUUCCCCUUCCAUACGUUCAAUUUCAAUUGCAAAUGCAAACGCAAACGCAUCAUGUCCCCAAUAAAAAGUUACGAUUAC